AUGGUAGGUUUAAAAUUUGUUUUUUAAAGUUUAAAAUUAGGUAGAAAACGCUUUACUGUACAACAAAUGGCAAGAACUUUCUUUACAGAACAAAAAAUGGCAUGAACUUUAUUUACAAAACCAAAAAUGGCAAGAACAUUAUUUACAAAACCAAAAAUGGCAAGAACUUUAUUUACAAAGUUAAAAAUGAAAAGAACUUUCUUUACAAAACAAAACAUAACAAGAACUUUCUUUACAAAUCAAAAAAGACGUUUUUUUGUUUUAUAAGUUGAUCUCCUUGCACUUGCUUCAGAAGUGCUAAAGUUUUGUCGCCGGUAAUUUGCUGUAGCAAUUAUAAUACGGAGCAGUUAUUUCACUUUAGUGUAACUUGGUAUCCGGUUCUCAUUCGAUAUUUAACUAUAACAACUUAAAAAUAACUUUUACUGUGUAUAAGCUUAUUUUUCGAAUUUUUAUUAGCUUAGCCUAUCCUGGGCUUGGUAAAAGGCUAAAAUCUAGAAAAAAAGGUAUAGUAGGGUGAAACGUAGAGCAUGGUAAAAGGUAGGGCAAGGCAUAGUUUAUAGUAGGGUAGAGUAAACCAAGUGGGUUAGGUAAGACGAAGCAACCUAGGACAGGGUAGGGUAGGGUAGGGUGGUAUUUUUGUCAUAAAGUUUUAACGACUCUUGCCUUCCUAGUGACCAACAACACCUCUCUGACCAAAACACCUCACCCUCCGGUUACUAUGACUAAUAUUUUUGAGACAUUUCACAGUUCAAAGCCUUCUUAACCUCCUUUUUUCAAGCGGGCUAAAAAUAAGCAAGAUUUCGAAAGUCGUGAAAAGGACUGUAUUUCGUUUGUUUGAGUUAUGUUUGGGGCGAGUUCUUACUCUCGCGGUCACUUUUUUCGCGAAAACCACUUUCUAUCACAAUUUUUGUAAAAUUUUAUUGGGCAUGGGAAUUGGGUGGCAUUACGGGAAUUUGAAAAUUUACUUGAUAUUGGGAAAAAAUACUUAAAAACACGGUAAAUUGGGUGUAGUUAAUGUGUUAUACUUGGUCUUGGAGGACAACUUUAAGCUUAAAAUGUAUAUUUUUCAUUGUAAAGCUUAGAGUUAAAAGAUUAAGCUUAAAUCUGAAGAAAUGAGCCUAAAGUUUUAAAAAUACAGCUUAAUGUUGACUUUUAAGCCUAAAAUUUCGCUUUUGAGCUUAAAAUUAGUCUUUUUGCAUUCCAAAGCCUAAAUUAUAAUUUUCAAGUUUAGUCUAAAACGCUAUCUCAAUCAUUAGAUACUAUCAAACUUUGCCAUUUAAACCCUUAUUAAUUACUCAAAAAUUUCGCCUACGUCGUUGAAUGUUUGUCUAGUGAUUUUUGAAAGACUGCGAAUGAAAAGGACAGAUGAGUAGGUUAUAUUGUUCAUUGCGCACUCUUACCGAUGGUUUCCUAUACAAUAGUUAAUUUUUGGGUUAUAAUUAUACUCACAGGGCUUUGGAGGGGGAAUUUUAGCGUUUUGAGUAGGUUAGGGUUGGGGGUAGGGUAAGGCAAGAGAAGGGGUACCAUAAAUUACGAAAAAAGUUUUAAAUUCUAUAUUUUUAAAGAAAAAUUUAUUUUUCCAAAAACACUUGGCCGUGCCACUCCUUUUUCCCUUCUAUUGAUAAAACAAACACUUGACUCAUUUUUUCAUCGAUAAGAAUUAGUCUUGGCUCAUUUUGAUUCGCUUCCGGAAAAAAGAUUCCUGAUUUCGAGGACUUUUUCACAAUUUCCUGCCAAAUUUGAUCAAAAUCUCUUGUCAAAUGUUGUUUUAAUGAUCUGAUACGAUUAGCAUAAUAUUAUGAGUCUGUCCUCCUUCAAGGUAUGUUUGUUUGUGUUGAAAUUUGAGUAACUCACACCGGUUUCUCGUCUCUAACGCAACAUUGGGCUCGCAUGUUGUUUUAGGCGUAUUUUAGGCGGAUUUUUGGGGUUUUUACGCAUGUUGCUUUAGGUGGGUUUUAGGUGGAUUUUUCGGUUUUACCGGGCAAUAUUUAUGUUAUACUGAAGUUUUUUUGAUUUUAGAAAUUGUUGAAUGGUGUUUUUUAUGUUAUUUUAGUGUUUUUUGAUUAAAACUGUGAUGUUUUUGGUAGUAAAUUAAGGAUUGUGUCCGUUUGAUUGCUUAAGUUUGACGUUUCAACUUAUUUUAUUUAUAUCUUUUUCACAAAUGCAGCUAAAGACUUCAAAAUUUGUGUCAACAUAGCUCAAAUACUUCCUCAACUAAUGUCAAAAAAUACAUUUUCAAAUUCCUCAUCUUGUUGAUGUUAUUCAAGAAAGUAAUGUGUUUAUCAUUUCAGAAAUGCGAGAAAAAGCUGCCAUCUGAAGCGAUUCGAUUAAGGGAGCAAAUCAUGAACGGAACAGCUACAUUGGGCCGAAAUGACAGUUUUCCAUUGACCAGCUUCAAAAAGGGUGCCAAAAUCUGGGUGAAAGAUGCGGAACGAGUAUGGGUGCAGGCCGAAAUGCUGGCCGAUUUGUCGUUUCAGUCUAGAACAGUCCCGUUGAAGAUUAUCAGCGAUGAUGAGGUUUGUUGAUUUUUUAGGUAAUAAAAGAUUAAGUUUAAAAAGUGAAUUUUAGGUAAGAAAUAAACUUUUAGAUAUGACACGUUAUGAUUAAAGCUAAAAUUGAAGCAUACUUUGAUUAUUUUAGACCAAAGGAAGGAGUUAUAGGCGAUUGUAGAAAUUUUUAGGCUUACUUCUUUGAUUAAAAACUAUUUUUAAGUUUAUUUAUAUGGCUAAAAGUUAUUUUAGGCUCAUCUUAAGGAAUAAGAACUUAAUUUUUAGGUGAUUGACUAUGACUUUGCCAAGAGUGGCAUGCCAUUUCUGUGCAACCCUGAUAUUCUCCUUGGCAAGGACGACUUAACUUCCUUGAGUUAUCUUCAUGAACCUGCUGUACUCAACAAUCUUCAGUAUCGAUUCGAACGACUGGAGAAGAUUUACACAUAUUCUGGCAUUGUCUUGGUGGCAAUCAAUCCAUAUGCCGAUUGUUCACAAUUAUACGGCGAGGAUGUCAUGUUGGUAUGUUGUGUUACGUAGAGAGUUGUAUCUUAUUUUCAAGCCUAAAGCUGCUUUUUGGUUUUAAUAUUGAAACUCAGGCUUAGUUUUUUGAGUUUUUAAAAAAAUUUUGUAAGUUUUAGGUAUACCGAGGGCAAGGACAACAAGUUCGAGUUCUAGAGCCCCACAUCUAUGCCAUAGCUGAGGAAGCUUACUAUGACAUGAGUGAAUAUCACAAAAACCAGUCGAUUAUCGUAUCAGGGGAAAGUGGCGCAGGAAAAACAGUCUCGGCCAAGUUUGUCAUGAGGUAUGUAUCAAUGUGGAUUUUAGGUAAUAAAAAUUGAAUUUAGGCUUAAAGUAGCAUUAGUUUAUAUUUUAAACGGUUUUUGAGUCAAAAUGCGUUUUUAGGCUUAAAAGUUAAAUUUUAGGGUUACAAGUUGAUCUUAGGCUUAAAAUGAAACAUUAGGCUUAAAAAUCAUUUAGUUUUUUUAAUUUAGUCUAAGAAAGGCAUUUUAGGUUUAAAACUCAUUUUUAGGCUAAAACAUGAAUGUUAGGCUUAAAAGUGAUUUUAAGUUUGAAAUUUUUAGGUACCUAACAACAGCCGCCUCCCGGUACCGACGAUCCGAAAAUGGCAUUGAGAACCGUGUGUUAGCCCUAAAUCCGGUUAUGGAAGCGAUUGGAAAUGCGAAAACGAUUCGAAAUGACAAUUCAAGUAGAUUCGGAAAGUUUAUUCAAAUCGACUUCACUGAGAAACAUACAGUAUCAGGGGCCAAAAUGAAGACAUACCUAUUGGAAAAGAGUCGAGUAGUGUUUCAAUCUCGAAAUGAACGAAAUUACCACAUCUUUUAUCAGUUGUGUGCUUCUCACAAUCAUGAGAUUCUGAAUGGUCUUGGACUGACCGAAGCUACCGGAUUCAGAUUCACAAAUAUGGGCGAAGCCAACGAUAUUGGUGGUGUAGAUGAUCGAAAAGAGUUUGAAGCAACUCUACAAGGUUUCAGCUUGUUGAAGAUCGAUCCGAUGAGACAAAGAGAAAUCUUCAGGGUUUUGGCUGGGGUUCUACAGUUGGGAAAUAUUAAGUUUGAUGCUCAACAUGACAAAAGCUCGAUUAAUGUAAGGAGAGGUCUAGAGGGUUUUAACUGGUUUUGAGGUUUACAGAAGAACUUUGGGGCUUCAAAAUGAAAUUUUACUAUUAAAAAUGAAAAUUUAGGCUUAAAAUGAAAUUAUAGGCUUAAAACUUAAAUUCUGGUAUAAAAAUGUAUUUUUAGGCUUAUUAAUGAUUUUUAUUUUGAAAACGCGAUCUUUGGGCAUAAAUGUGUAUAUGUAGGCUUAAAAUGUAUUUUUGGGCUUAAAAAUGAAAUUUUUGGUUUAAAAUUGAUCUUUAAUAAAAAUAUUGUUUCAGGCCGACUCAGAAUCCUGCCUACAAAAGCUAUGUACCGAGCGUUUCCAAGUCGACCCAAGUCAGUUGACGGAGUGGCUGACGAAUCGAGAACUAAAAGCUGGAGCAGAAAAGCUGAAAAAGCCUGUAAAUAAAGAAGUGGCCGAAGAUACUCGUGACGCAUUGGCAAAGCUGAUAUACUCAUCUAUAUUCACAUGGAUCGUGAACAAAGUCAACCAAAGUUUGAUGGUCGAAAAUUCAAAAAGUUCAAAGGAAACAAACUCGAGAUUUAUCGGAGUUUUGGAUAUUUACGGGUAAGAGAUUGUUGUUGUUAAGGGUGUAAGGUUUCAGAUAAAAAAUUGAUUUGAUGUCGAGAAUUUAGGCUUGAAAAUGACUUAAAAUAUCUUUUAGGGUUAAAAAAAGAAUUUAGGCUUAAAUUUAACUUUUCGGCUAAAAAUUAAAUUUUAGGCUUAAAGGGAAGUUUUAUGCUGGAAAUGAAAAUUUAGGCUUAAAAAUGAAAUUUUAGGUUUAAAAAUGGGUUUCAAUGUGUUUUUACUUUUAGAUUUGAAACCUUUGAAGUGAACAGUUUCGAGCAGUUUUGCAUCAACUACGCCAAUGAAAAGCUUCAACAACAAUUCAAUCAGCACGUUUUCAAAUUGGAACAAGCUGAAUACGAAAGAGAAGGCAUCGCAUGGGUCAGGAUAGAGUAUUAUGAUAACCAAGAAUGCAUUGAUUUGAUUGAAAAACGACCGGGAAUUUUGGAUUAUUUGGAUGAGCAGUGCAAGGUUUGUAAAAGGGUUUAUUUUUGAGUUACUUUUGGGUUUAGAAAUGGGUUUUAACGGUGUUUUUAGGCUUAAAAGGUGGAUUUUUUUUGAAGAAAAAGGACUUGAAUUUAAAACAAUGCUUUUAGGCUUAAAAUUAGAGUUUCGAAACAUGUUUAAGUCUUGUAAGGGCUUUACAUUGAUAUUUCCAGACCGGCCACGGAAGCGACGAAGCAUGGCUGAACCAACUGGUCAAUUGCCAAAUUCUGAAGAAUUGUGAUCACUUACAAAUGCCAAAAAUCAAGAACAACACGUUCAUGGUGAAGCAUUUUGCCGCAAAUGUCAGCUACACCGUCACUGGAUUCUUGAAUAAAAACAAAGAUACGAUCAAUGAACGGCUUCUAGGAGUUUUUGAAAAUACACAGGUAAAGGGGGGGGGGGCUGAAAAUGGAUUUUAGGCGUAAAACUGAAAUUUUAGCCUUAAGAAUGAAUGCUUAGGCCUAACAAUGGAUUUUAGGUUUAAAAAUAAAGCUUUAGGCUUAGAAAUGAAUCUUAGGCCUAAUAUUAAAAUUUUAGGAUUGAAAUUGAAUUUUAAGGCUUAAAAAUGAAAUUUAGGCUUUAAAAUUCAAUUGUGGGUUUCGAAGUAUAUUAUAGGCUAAAUAUUAGGCUUAAAAACUGAAAUCUUAUGCUCAAAAUGUCCUAUGAAUAAGUUUAGGCUUAGGCUAAUCAAUAUUACUUUAUGCUUUGAAACUGACGCGGGUUUUAUAGGUUUUAGAUUUUUCAGAGCCGUUUGUUACCUACUUUUAAAAUCAAAAUUAAAUUUUCAGUUCAAAUUCCUAAAAGAAAUUCUACAAGAAGCUCUGGAACAACAACAAAAUGGAGCAAAACGAAAGAAAACAGUUGGAAUGCAAUUCAAGGACUCACUAAAACAACUGAUUGAAGUCCUGACAUUGACCAGGCCACACUAUGUAAGAUGUAUCAAGCCGAAUGACUCAAAGGAGCGAUUCACCUUUGAGCCAAAAAGAGCAAUUCAACAGUUGAGAGCUUGUGGAGUGCUGGAGACUGUCCGAAUCUCGGCUACUGGAUAUCCGUCAAGGUGAGGGUUUUUUGAUAGAUUUGAUAAGGAGGGAAGGAUGGUAAAGGUUUUGGAAAAAAAUGAGUUGAGGACUUGAAAUUUACUUUUUUGGAUAAAAAAUGAGCUUUAGGCUUAGAAUGAACUCUUAGGCUUAAAAAUUAUGUUCUAGGUUUAAAAUUUAAAUUUUAGAUUUAAAAUAAAAAUUUAGGCUUAAAACUUAAUUUUAGGCUUAAAAAACUAGCUUUAGGGACAUAAUUUUAAGCUUAAAAUUUACUUUUAGUUUAAAAAAUGAAAUUUGAGGCUUAAAAAUGACCUUUAUGCUUGCUCAUGAAUUUUUGACUUAGAUCUAUCAAUUUUACUUCUGAAAAUAAAAAUACUAUUAAAUAGCCCAAAAACUUUAUAAAAAGUACAAUUUUUAAUUUCAGAUGGACAUACGACGACUUCAAACGUCGCUACAGUGUUCUCUUCCCAAGUGGCUCCAGCCUAAAGCCAAGAGUUUUUGCCAAAGAAACUUGCGAACAAUGGUUGGACGCAGAGAAGUUUGCCUUGGGCGAUUCAAAAAUAUUCUUCCGAACUGGACAAGUGGCAGCAUUGGAGCAGAACAGACACGACGUUCUGUAUCGUGCUGCUGUUUGUAUUCAGAAAACUUUCAGAGGUUAUGUGGCUAGGAGAAGAUAUGUUCAGUACAAAAAUGCUAUACUGACUAUGCAGGUGGGUUGAAAAUGAUUUUUUGGGAAUAGAGGGGUUUUUAGGCUUUAAACGAAGUGUUACGCUUAAAAAUGCGUUUUAGGCUUAAUAAUAAAGUAUUAGGCUUAAAAAAUUAAGUUUUAAUCUUAAAGAUGAAUUUUAAGCAUGAAAAUGAAGUUUUAGGCUUAAAGAUAAAUUUUGGGCUUAGAAAUGCGUUUAAAAUUAAAUUAUAUGCAUAAAAAUGAAAUAUUAGGCCUAAAGCGCUAUUUUAGGUUAAAAAUAAAAUUUUUCAUAAUGUUGAUGACUUUCAGGCCUACGCUCGUGCCUAUUUGGCAUUCAAACGUGUCAAAUACCUUCAAAUCGAACGAGCUUUGGUCACAAUUCAAAGCUUUGUCCGAAGCUAUCAGAAGCGAAGACGGUUCGAAAAUCUGAAGGCUGUCACACUUCACAUUCAGUCUUGGUAUCGUGCUGAACAGGUUCGAAAGGAACUUUUGAAGGUAAAUUUUUGUUUUUUUUUUGAAAAAGUUGUUUUUUAGUUAAUUUUUUUUAAUUGAAAGAUUCAAAAAUGAAUUUUAGGUUUAAAAAUGAGUUUUUAGGCUUGAAAAUGAAAUUUUAGACUUGAAAUUAAUAAAAAUAAUAGUAAUCUAGGCUAACUUCGAAAAAAUUAAACAAACUUAUUUUAAGAAGCGCUAUGAACGCUCAGCCCUAAUAAUCCAGAAGCAUUGGCGUGGCUACUGUGUCAGACGUGAGCACGUUCACUACAUCCUUAACAUAAUCAAAGUUCAAUCGAUGGUCCGCCGAUUUUUGGCCAAGAGAAAGCUGAAACAACUCAAGAUUGAAGCCAAAUCAGUGGAUCAUUUCAAGAAUCUUAACGACGGCUUAGCUAACAAGUUGAUUGAAACUACCCAAAAAUUGAGUUUAAUCAACGAACAGAAUGCUCAAAUGGCACAGAAGCUGGCUUAUUAUGAAGAAAUGGCACUGAGGAAUGAAGAGUUGGAAAAAGAAGUUGAGAUAUUGAGGUUUAACGCCAGUUUAGUUGAGGAAACGAAACAACAAUUGGAGGUUUAUGCGGUCGAUCUUCAGGAAAAGGAAAAGUGCGCGAAUGAAUGGAAGGAACGGCACGAUUUGGUCAAUAUUGAUUUGGAAAGGGUAAGAAAAUCGGAGUUUUUGGCAGUAUUUAGAAGUGCGAAUGAUAAUUUUUUAGUUUUUAUUACAAGAAAUGGCAAAAACUUUCUUUACAAAACACAAAAUGGCAAAAACUUUCUUUACAAAACAAAAAAUGGCAAGAACUUUCUUUACAAAACAAAAAAUGGCAAGAACUUUCUUUACAAAACAAAAAAUGGCAGGAACUUCCUUUACAAAACAAAAAAUGGCAAAAACUUUUUUUACAAAACUUUAUAUAAGUAUUUUUAAUAAUAUUGUUCUAGUUGAACGACGAGAUGGAACGUCUAUCAACAGAAUGCGAAAGUUUUAACAACUUGGUACAAGAAAGAACCACUCAGCUGAACCAAAUCCAAGGCCAAUUGGACGUAGAAAUCAGGCGAAGAGAACAAGCCGAACAUGAAAUGGCAGAAAUGAGGGAACAACUGAUUAGGAACGCCGAUUUACUGGUCGGUUCUGGGUUCAGUCGAGAAGGCAGUUUGAGAGGUAGGUUGAUAUUUGAGGGUUGAAAUUGAUAUUAGGAAUUUUAGGCUUAAAUUUGAAUUUUAGGCUUAAAAAUUAAUAUUAAAUUUUCAGGAAGCGAUUAUAAAGCCGGCUUCAGCUACCCAUCAAGUGAUAUUCAAUUUGACGGCGAUAGUAUCAAACUGCUUCAAGAUCAACAAUCGUUGAUUACAAGCCUAAGAAAACGGUUAGAAGAAGCUCAGCGGGUCAGAGAUCGAUUGGAAACCGAGAAAUGUUCAAUCAAACUACAUGAAUAUGCGGAGAAAUUCACAUCGUUGAAGGCUUACGAAGCACAACGGCUACAAGUGAGUACGAAAGGGAAUCAGUUGGCUUGGCAUGGGGAUUUCAAAAGUAUUUUAGGGUUUCUAGUGGUCUUUGUGGUACAUCUUUGUCUUCUCUUUUUACUUCUUUUGCGUAUUUUUUUACUGUCUAGCCCUGAUUACUGUAACAUCUCUCUGCCUCUCCAACUGAUUCCUUUUUGUUCGUACUAACACACGGGGGUGGUUUUUAUGAUUGAUUAAAGCUAACAUAUGUUAAGGAUCUCGAAGUCACCGUGGUGAAACAACGCAACGAACUCCAAGCCUACGUCGAAGCGAUGGCCAAGUCUGGAUCACUUCAGAAGUGUUUUGUCGAAUCGUACGAUAGAAUCAAAGAAGAUUUGGAAAGACUUCACGAAGAGAAUCUAGGCCUACGAGCGUUGUUGGCCACCUUCUUUGAAAAGAGAACGGCCAAAUCACCGGAUUCAGGCCAAUGGUCGGAAGGCAGUGACGAUGGAUCGUCAUCACAAAUCACGAAUGACAUUGAGGAACAGUACACAGUGGAUAGACUGGUUAGACAGUACAGGGAUACUUUGGAGUAGGUUUUUUGAUAUUUUGGUUAAAGUUGAUUUUGAAUUUGAAAAACUUGAAAAAGAUUUUUUUGAGAUUCAAAUUAGUUUUUAGGUCUAACAUUUGUUUUUGAACCUAAAAUUCAUUUUUAAGCCUAAAAUUCAUUUUUAAGCCUAAAUUUCAUUUUUUAUAAUUUCAGCGUGGCCAAUCGUGAAAUUGCCGAAAGAGACGAGAAAAUCCUGGAACUGACUAGAAGUAUGGCACAAUUGGAAGAAAUGCUGCAUAGUAGUUGUCAGGUAUGGUAUUUUUUAAAUUUUUUUGUAAAACACAUUUUAAAAUUUUCUGUGGUUUUUUUGACUUUUUAAGAUUCUUCCUGACUUUUUCAAAUUGAAAUUUGAAAAUUAGGUAACAAGAGACGGAGAAUUUUGCAAAGUUCUGAACUUGUAAGCAAGGACUUUGCUAGGGAAAGGGAAAUGGAUGCAUGGUGGUGAAUACACCUAUUCUUCUCCUCAUUUUUCCUACUCUUGCACCUUCUUAAUUUUUUAAGGUUUAAAAGCUCAAAAACCAAAAUUUUUUCACGUUCUAAUCUACCUAAAAUCUGUAGCGACGGCUAAUGUUAGAUAAUUCGUAG